GGUGUGGGGCAGCGGCGGCACCGCGGGCCGAGAUGCCGCUCUUCGCCCUCAACCCCUUCGAGCAGGACGUGGAAAAAGCUACAAAUGAGUACAACACCAGUGAGGACUGGGGGCUGAUCAUGGAUAUUUGUGACAAAGUUGGGAGCACUCCCAAUGGGGCCAAGGAUUGCCUUAAAGCCAUCAUGAAAAGAAUGAAUCACAAAGUUCCCCACGUGGCUUUACAAGCUCUCACACUUUUAGGAGCCUGUGUGUCAAACUGUGGGAAAAUAUUCCACUUGGAAGUGUGUUCCAGGGAUUUUGCCACUGAAGCUCGAGCUAUAAUAAACAAGGCUCACCCCAAAGUGUGUGAAAAGUUAAAAUCCCUCAUGGUGGAGUGGUCAGAAGAAUUCCAGAAAGAUCCACAAUGUAGCUUAAUAUCUGCAACCAUCAAAUCCCUGAAGGAAGAAGGGGUGACUUUUCCUGCACCAGGAUCCCAGGCUUCCACCAGUGCUGCCAAGAAUGGCUCCUCAUCCAGUAAAUCCAAAGAAGAUGAGGAUAUAGCUAAAGCUAUUGAAUUAUCUUUGCAAGAGCAGAAGCAGCAGCAAAUGGAAACCAAGCCCUUGUACCCAGCUGCAGAAAUGGCACCAAACCCCCCGAGCCUGAGGAAGGUGCGAGCUCUCUAUGACUUUGAAGCUGUGGAGGACAAUGAGCUCACCUUUAAAAGUGGAGAAAUUAUUUUUGUUUUGGAUGACAGUGAUGCCAAUUGGUGGAAAGGGGAGAACCACAGAGGAGUGGGGCUGUUCCCAUCCAACUUUGUCACCUCUGACUUGACAGUGGAGCCCGAGGCAGCUGUGGAUAAAAUCUCUGUUCCUGAGGACAAUGCAGAAGAAAUCAAGAAAGCAGAACCUGAGCCAGUUUAUAUUGAUGAGGAGAAGAUGGAUAAAACACUGCAGGUGCUUCAGAGCAUAGAUCCCACGGAUUUAAAGCUUGAUUCUCCAGAUCUGCUCGACUCAGAAGAUAUCUGCCAGCAGAUGGGUCCAAUGAUAGAUGAAAAACUAGAAGAGAUAGAUAGGAAACAUUCCGAGUUAUCCGAGCUGAACGUGAAGGUUCUGGAAGCUCUGGAGCUCUACAACAAACUGAUGAAUGAGAGCCCCAUGUACUCAGCUUAUUCCAAACUCCAGCACCCUGCACAAUUCCCACCCACCUCCUCUGUGCAGUCGUAUCCUGUGCAGCCUCCCAGUGGGAAUUACCUGAUGCAGGGAGUGUCCCUGUCCCCAGGGUACAGCCUGGCCCCCGAGCACGUGGCCCAGGUGAGGUCUCUGCCCCAGAGCAUCAACUCUGCAGCCAGCCAGCCACCUCCAGCUGCUUAUUUAAGGUAUGGAUCCAACCCAUCCUUCAUCCUGGGAGGGGGAAUUCUGCCACUUUGCACGUUCUCGUGGCCUUUACACUUACCAACACAUCGUUUUCGAGAGGAAAAUACUGAUUUUACUAAACCAGGGAGCAAUGAGAGCAUUGUUCUGGAUCCUGCACCACGAGGUUUCCCAGGAAAGUUUAUUUAAGAGAGGAAGGUUGAAAAGGAACCUCUGAUUUUGGCUUUAAUCACCCAGCACCAAAGAUUAAAAAUUA